AUGCAGCAGAAGAGGCCCAAUGUCUUCUAUGCAACUUGGGAGUCAGCGGGUGGGCAGGAAAUAGCCAAUGUCUUCAGUGAUGCUGGUCAAGGAGGAGGCUCUGUCCAGGCUUUCUUCCAGAUGAUGUUCCAUGGAGUGCAGAAGAGUACUUCUGAUCACACAUUCUCCUCUGUUCUGAAAUCAGUGUUUACUUCCAUCUUUGACAGGGCAGCUAUUGCUAUCCUGUCAGAGUUUAUAAGGCUGACGCCCAGCAACUACCAGAACUACCUGGCCUUUGCUUUUGCCAUAGAAGAGAUCAAUAGGAAUCCUCAUCUUUUACCCAACAUUUCUCUGGGCUAUGAGUUCCAUAAUUUCAUUAGCAGUCAUUGGAUGAUGCUAGAAAAUUCCUUCAUUCUGCUCACAGGACAGCAUGAAAUCCCUAAUUACACGUGUAAGACAGAAAGCAAAUGUGUGGCAGUACUGACGGAAAUGCCAUGGGAUACCUCGGCUCAGAUUGGACCACUGCUGGAACUCUACAAAUGUCCACAGGUCACUUUUGGCUCAUUUGAUCCUACACUGACUGACAGUGGCCAGUAUCUUUCUGUCUAUCAGGUGGCCCCAAAGGACACAUAUUUGGCCCUUGGCAUGGUGUCCUUGAUGCUUCAUUUCCACUGGACCUGGGUGGGCCUGCUCAUCACAGAAGGCCAGAAGGGUCUUCAGUUUCUGUCAGAUGUAAGGGCUGAGAUGGACAGGAACAGAGUCUGUGUAGCCUUUGUGAAAAUGAUCUCAACUGUGGCUGUCUCAUAUUUCUCAUUUACAAAGCAGCAUGAUGUCCUGACUGCCGACACUGCAUCAGUCAAUGUGGUGGUCAUUUACUAUGAUACUGAUAGUACACAUGAUGUAAACUACAACAUAGUGCAAGACUUAGUGACGUGGAAAGUCUGGGUGACAAACUCACGGUGGCAUGCUGACCUUUCUGGGAGAGAUUUCAUACUUGACCCCUUCCAUGGGACUCUUGUUUUCUCACACCACCACGAAGAGAUCUCAGGCUUCAAAGACUUUGUCCAGGAAGCUACCCCUUACAAAUAUCCAGAAGACACUUAUCUUUUUGUGUAUUGGUCCAAGAAUUUCGGUUGCUCCUUCUCUGAGUCUGACUGUGCCUUGAAGAACUGCACACCUAAUGUCUCUGUGGCUUGGUUGCCUCCGAAUCGUUUUGACACAGCCAUGAGUGAUGGGAGCUACAAUAUAUACAAUGCUGUGUACGCUGUGGCCCAUGCCCUGCAUGCAAUGCUUUUGGAAGAAGUACAAAGGCCACCAGUGAGAAAUGGACAAGUGAUGCUGUUUCACCCCUGGCAGCUGCAUCGCUUUCUGAAGAACAUCCAAUUUCACAAUCCUGCUGGAGACCAAGUGAACGUGGAUGACAGAAGGAAACUGGAUUCAAAGUAUGACAUUCUCAAUUUUUGGAAUUUUCCAGAAGGCCUUAGACUGAAGGUUAAAGUAGGAACAUUUUCUUCACAUGCUCCGCAUGGCCACAAAAUGACUUUAUCUGAGGAUAUGAUAGAGUGGGCCACAGGAACUGCAGAGACUCCCCGCUCGGUAUGCAGUGAGAGUUGCAAUCCUGGAUUUAGAAAAAGCCCUCAGGAGGGAAAGGCUGCCUGCUGUUUUGACUGCACCCCUUGUGCAGACAAUGAGAUCGCCAAUGGCACAGAUAUGGAGCAGUGUGUGAAGUGUCCAGAUCACCAAUAUGCCAACAGUCAGAGAAACCAUUGCCUGCAAAAAGCUGUGACUUUUCUGGCUUAUGAAGACCCCUUGGGGAAGGCUCUGGCUGGCACCGCCCUGAGUCUCACUGUCCUCACGGCUGCUGUCCUUGGGCUCUAUGUGAAGCACCGAGACACUCCCAUCGUCAAGGCCAACAAC